AUGUGCCAGCCUAAGUUUCUCCCAGAGCCAGAGACCCCUCUCGUGGGCUAUGGAAGCAGGGCCCGGCUCCCGACGGGAAACCGCUCGCGAACCAUCUCCCUGCAGGAGCUUAUGGAGCAUUUCCACCUUCCGAUUAACGAAGCUGCUUGCAAGUUGGGCGUUUGUGUCACCGUUUUGAAGCAGCAGUGUCGUGAACACGGAAUCCAGAGGUGGCCUUUUCGGAAGGUUCGCAAGCUAGACAACAUGCUUCACGCUCUAGAAAAUUCAACACCUCCCGAGCGACUGCGGCCGUUCGCGCUUACAAACGGGGAGGAAGAGAGAAAGAGGAAGAUUGACACGGUAAAGGGAGCACUCUGUCAGCUUCUUGUGGACCCAAACUCGGCUGCUCACCUGAAGAUAGGGAAGCUGAAGGGGACCAGAGUAAAGGACGUUGGCACUAGAGACAGCACUUCAGCCGUUUCUCCUUCAUCGUCGCGCGAGAUGUCAUCCUCCCAAGCAAAAGUUGGCAGGAACGAAGCGGAGGUGUUGGCGAAGCCGAUUGCGUUUUAUGGAUUCGAAAAUAGCUCGGAGGAUAUCGUGCACGAGUCUGUCAUCGAUCAAGGACCGGUUCGCCUGCCGCUUACGAACAGAUUGAGAAUCAGCUCGGCCGCCAUUCCCGCCGAGAUGAUGUACGCAGCAUCGCACGCGUCCUCUGCUCCGCCACGUCGUCAACUUCCCAUCCCGUCAUCGUCUCCGUCUCCGUCAGGAUCGGCGGCAUCGGCGGGCGAUGGCCGAUUCGUCCCGAACACGUUCCAGUACAAUGCGCGCGUGGCGUCAGCGCUGGUGCCGUGCGUGCUGGUCCUGCUCGGCGCGGGAGGGCCGGUAGUCGUCGGCACGCUGGUAGCGGGGCUCAUGCUCUCGUACGUGCUCGACGCGCUCCAGCUCAGAACCGCCGCGUUCGUCGCCAUCUGGACGGCAUUCUUCUCCACCGCCGCGGCCAUCGCGUUCUCCGGAGUCGGCUUCGCGCCGCACGUGCCCGUGCCGCUGUCGCUGCUGGUGCUGCUCUCCGCCGUAAAUCUCGUGUUCCUGUGCGGCGUGUGGGUGUCGCUGCAGUUCCGAUGGCUGCAUCUCGAGCAUCCCUUCGUCGUUCUCACGCUAGAGCGACUCCUCUUCGCCUGCGCGCCCAUCACCGCCGUCGCCAUCGUCACCUGGGGGUUAGUCGCCGCCGUGGGGAUCGUCACCAUCCGCGGCUCCGCGGGAAGGAAUCCGACGACCGUCUUUAUUCUCGGGUCGCUGGAGAGCGCGAUUCACGCGGGCGUGCUGCUGUUCCUGCCGCUGGGCUUCCACGUGGCGGUGCAUCGCAACCGUUGGAUGGAGUCAGCUGGCGAUAUCUGCGACGAUCUGCUGCUCUUCUUCCUGCCCGUGCUCUUCCUGCUCGCCGCCUCCACCCGCGGCGCGCUGCACUGGCUCGUCCGCGACCCCUCCAAGCUGCAACACGUGCGUGUUUUGAACGGGUCAUUCGCACUAGCAGUGGUGCUGGUGUGCGGGGAGGUGCGGGUGAUCUUCCCCUCCUUCUCCCAUUACAUCCACUUCCCGCCGCCCCUCAACUACCUCCUCGUCUCGCUCGCCCUCUUCGGCCUCGCCUUUGGCUUCGCGGCACGCCUGCUGGGGCUCGUCACAGGCCUCGUGGCCACGUCAGUGCUCAUGGCCGUGCUGCUCGUGUCUGCUGUAGCUGGGUCUCUCGUGCUUGGAAUGCCUCUCACUAUGCUCCCAGCGCCAGCCAUAGCAGCAGUCUACCUGGCCCACUUCCACUCCACCCGCUCCCUCACCUCCUACCUCAUAUUCGCAGCAGCAGCAGCCAUCGCAGCCACCUGGUUUGUGCUCGAUCACUUCUUCUUCCUCGCGCUCUCCGUUGCCGCACUGUGGAGGUGCACUGCUCCUCGCGCUGCUCGUGCCGGCUGCCACGCUGCUGCAUCGCCCACAGCGGAUUGCUGGGGUGCUGGUUGUGCUGCAGGCGCUGCUGUUCACGUGGUGAGUGAGUGUGUGGAGUCCGAAAUGCUCAUCGGCCCUGGAGUAACGGGAAUGACCGUACGCACCAUGCCUUGCUUCACAAAGAAUGGUUUCAGCUCCACUAACUGCCUGCAUGCUCCCAUAUUAUCUGUUUUCCCUCUCCUCAUCCCCUCUCCCACGAACCCCCCUCUCACACUAUCAUCUCCCUUCAUGCACCCUCCUCCUCCGCACCCUCUCCCUGCCUCCCCCCAGGCUGGAGAGUCUGCUGUACAACGGGGACGGGCGGGCAGAGGAGGGAGUGUAUCCGAGCUUCCUAGUGGUAACCACCACGGUGGCAGGGCUGUAUGCGUGCUCCCAUCUGAUCUCUUAUCCCCCCUGCCUCCCCCCAGGCUGGAGAGCCUGCUAUACAACGGGGACGGGCGCGCAGAGGAGGGUGUGUACCCGAGCUUCCUCGUGAUAACCACCACGCUGGCAGGGCUGGCAGCGGUGCAGCGCCUGCACGCGGAGCACAAGAUAGGCGCGGUGGCGGAGUGGGUGGGGGCGUGUGUGUACCUGGCCAAGCUCCCCAUGCUCGCCUGGUUGCACGCGGAGCACAAGAGAGGCGUGGCGGAGUGGGUGGGGGCGUGUGUGUACCUGGCUAAGCUCCCCAUGCUCGCUGUGUCAUCUCCUGGCGCCACACUUUCAUCGCUGCUACUUCUUCUUGCUGUUACCCCGCCCUUCUUCCUCUACCGGGACAAGGCCCAUGCGCGCGCGCGCAUGCGCCCGGGGGUGGCGGUGGUGCACGCUGCAACAGCAGUGGCAGCAGUGGUGCAUGCACGAUUCAUGCUUUUUGACAUAGCAGUCUCUCUCACGGGUCACCGCCCCUCCCACGCGCUGCUCAUCGGGGCUCUGCUACUCGCUGCCAUCGCUGCCUGCCUGCCCAUCCUCCUGCUGCACUUCCCCCACUCCAUGGUGAGUUAUGACUGCACCGCACACCCUGUGCUGCACGCUUUCUGGUUUCACCUACACAUCGCCUGCUCGCCUGCGUUCACAACCCUUGCCCCCAUGGCUCUGCCCCUCACACCACCUUUUCCCACCUCCCUGCCUCCCCACCGCCCCACUCAGUCUGCGAGGCGAGCGGCAGCAUUGGCAGCAGCGGGGGCAGCGCUCUUCAUGUGCCUACAGCCCCCACUCCCCCCCGCAUGGCGCACUCUCUGGGAUUCAGCUCACUUCCCCGACGAGGACGACCCAGACGACUCCACCAUCUACGCCCUCCCCACGCACGGCCCCCUCUGGCCCUUCUGCGAGGCGAGCAGCAGCGCUGGCAGCGGCGGCCGCAGCGCUCUUCAUGUGUCUGCAACCGCCCCUCCCCCCGCAUGGCGCUCACUGUGGGAUUCAGCUCACUUCCCUGACGAGGACGACCCAGACGACUCCACCAUCUACUCCCUCCCCACGCGCGGCCCCCUCUGGCCCGCCUGGCUGCUGCUCUCCCUCAUCCUCUCCGCCCUCGCCGCCUUCCUCCGCGCGAUCCCCACAGGGGAGGUGGAGGCAGCACGGGUGGGGUACGCGGUGGGGAUGGGUGUGGCUACUGGUGUAUAUCUACAGGCGGAGUUUUUCCUCUUCCUGCCGCUGCUGCCGCGGGUUCUCCUCUUCCUGGCGGCGAUAGCAGGGGCGUUGUUUCUCGUGCUGUCUCACCGGCCGCCCUCGUGGAUUCCGCCCCACUCGCCGCUGCUGCCGGGGCUGUUUGCGGUGCAGGCGGCGCUGCUGCCGCUGACGUACCUGGCAGUGGGGAGGGCGGCACUGGUGGAGGUGCAGGGGGAGGGGGAGGCGAGCAAGGAGUAUGACUUGUAUGACGACACGCGGCGACAGGUGAGGGGUAGGAGGGGGGAUGGGUGGUGCAAGGUUGGGACUGUGCAUGGUGCCGCACCUCACAGCACCUCACAGCAGUCCCUCGCUUCCCUCUCCCCGUCGCUCUCCCCUUUCCCCAACACCCCCCCCUUUUCCUCCUGUCCCCCGCCUUCUCCCCACCGUUUCCCCAUGCAGGCAGCGCACACAGCCCUGGUGGGCAUCUACUGUGUCUACUUCCUGCUCGCUGCUCUCCUCAUCAACCUCAACCUCUCGGCACAGGUCUCAUUUCCCAUCACCCCCCUUUCCCCGCCCUCCCACCCCACCAGGCAGCGCACACGGCACUGCCUGCACAUCAGCUUCAUGCCCUCCUUCUCCACCUCAUCCUCUUCCCGUCUUUCCCCCCACCCUCCAGCAGCGGCACAUGGGUGUGCUAGCAGCCUUCACCGCGCGCUCCUCAUGGAUGCCCCUAGUGGGCAACGCAGCAACGCUCGCCUCCUUCCUGCUCUCCCUGCUCACCAUGCUCACCAUGCUCCCUUCUUGCAUCGUCCUCUUUCCGUCCUGCACCCCCCUUCCCCCCACCCUCCAGCAGCGGCACAUGGGUCUACUAGCAGCCUUCACCACGCGCUCUUCAUGGAUGCUCCUAGUGGGCAACGCCGCAACGCUCGCCUCCUUCCUGCUCUCCCUGCCCGCAGGAUCCCCUUUCCGUCCUAA